UCACAAAAACCCAUUUGAAAAGAAAAAUAGUUAUGGGGAAGACUAAGCAUGCGUGAAAAUGAUGGAAAGGACAGGGUAGUGGAAGAAUUAAUGGCAUUUCUCUCAUGAACGAUUUAGUGGCUUUCCAAACGGUCUACCGAGGUAGUUGGGCGAGGAAGUUGCACUUGUUUUCCUUAAUCGGUGGCCCUUAAAAAUGGCUGUGGGGCAUGCGCCGUAUUAGAAAGAGGAAAAUAUAAUAAAUAACAGACAGAGAGGAUACAAGUGCCUAUUUCAAUGCAACGAAAUCAUCUCCAAGACCAUAGGAAAAGAAAUAUAUGUGAAUCCCGAUUUCCCGUCAACAUGCUUUCAGAGGAAGAGCAGAAAAGAAAGAGAAGAAAGCAGGAAAAGGAGGAACAGAAGAAGAAUGGAAGUGAAAAUAGUAAGAGUAGCAGGCUAUUUGGUGUCCCUGUUGGCGAUUCUGGCGUGGAUUCCGUCAAUUGACGGAGAAAUGGAGCUCGGAAGCCGAGUGAGCAUUCCUGUGCCGCCGGCAUAUGAAGAAGGGUUUGAAGCUCGGGCAUUUAUAAUACAGACGGUCGCCGGAGCUUUGCCGACUUUUAAGCUUGCGCUGGCGAUUUACGGCAGGGGCGGCGUUUAUUUGUGUCGUUUGGAGGUUGUGCAGGAUGGAUUUGUUAUGUGGAAGUCCGGCUGUACAAGGAGGUUUGUUCCAGUCGAUAUGUGUGUUAUUUUUCUGUCAAAUGACGGAGACCUGCUCUUGUCUGAUGGUAUGGGCACUGUAGGGUGGAGCACCAAUACUUCUAACCGCGGUGUAAAGUUUAUACAACUAAAGCGCAGUGGAAACUUAGUUCUACGCAACAGAUUUAGACGCAUGGUGUGGCAAAGCUUUGAUUUUCCUUGUGACAAACUAUUAUGGGGGCAAAAACUAAGAAACUCCCAACAAUUGUUAUCAAAUGGUAGUGACUAUUCUCUUUCAAUACAACAUAAUGAGCUAGUUUUGAAAUGGCAUGGCCUCAACUAUUGGACCACAAAAGUUAAUACUAAAGACAUUGAUUAUGCUCAAAUUGGAAGGCAUGGAAUUGAAUUAUGGUGUAAUGCUUCCCUACACACUAUUGUUGGCCCCUCUUCUUCUAGCCCAAUUCAUUUUAUUUCCCUUGGUCAAACUGGGAUAUUGACUAUGUACACCUAUGGCCCCCCAUGGAUGCCCAUAAUUGUAGCUCCAAAUGGAUCUUGCAACAACCCAGAGGCAUGUGGUCCCUAUGGUGUGUGCACAGAGGGUGUUAUUGCUAGUAAUAACAAUGACACUAAUUCAAUUUCAUGUUCUUGCUUGCCUUACUUUCAAUCAACCACACUUUCUCAAGGUUGCAUGCUACCCACACAAUUCACAUUCAAUUUUUGUGGCAAACCAACUGAGUUUCUUGAACUAAGGGGCUUUGAUAGCCCAUUAAUGGGACUCACUAAAAAUUUGUCUAGUAAGGCAUGUGCUAAUGCAUGUUUGGAGGAUUGCACUUGUAUAGCUGCCAUAUCAACCAAUUCCUCAAUUUGCUACCUCUACACUCAAUUGCAAAGCAUUCGAAGGCGUCCUUCUAAGAGUGAGGAAUUAAAAAUGUAUGUGAAGAUUCCUAAGGGGUUAUCUACACGUGGAGGUGGCAAGGCAAAAAAAAUGCGCAUGUUGUUUGUAAUAUUAGGGGCUUGUGUUGACAUGAUUGCCCUAAUUUUGAUAGGUACAGGAGUAAUGUACUAUUUUUAUGUAUAUAAAAGGAGACAGGUAUCUUCUGCCACUCCUCAAAUGUGAAAAAAUAAUAAAAUUUUGCACAUCAAAUUUA